UGCAAAACCCGGAAAAAGGAGCAGCGAACUUCGGCUCUGUUGAAGGGAGUGUUUACAAAGAGACCCGUGUCGCUCGUGAGCGUUCUACUGGACCCGAAACUUCUUUGUAUUACUCUUUGGUAAGAUAAACCAUCAAGCGAAGCCUCGACGUGUCACACCGAGUGGUUCGGAGUCAGCAGUCGUCGCUUCGGGCAGUUCUCAAAAACGAAAGUAAAAAAGUGUUGAGGACGGGCAGAAUGGACGUGGACGAGGACGAGGAGCCUUUACCCAUGAAGCAGGAGCUGACCUGCCCCGUGUGCCAGGACAUCUUCCGGGACCCGGUUCUGCUGCCCUGCAGCCACAGCUUCUGUCGGAAAUGUCUGCAAACGUCUAUGCAGGUGAAGCGCCGUUGUCCACUGUGCCGCGAGAAGGUGACGGAGGGACAGGCCAUCUCCAACCGGGUGCUGAGCGACGCCUGCGACGUCUUCCAGCGAGAGGCCGGCUGGCUGCGGAGCCAGCAGCGGCCCGGAGAGGACAUCUGCCGGAUCCACCUGAAGCCGCUGGAGCUGUACUGCGAGAAGGACGAGGAGCCGGUGUGCGUGGGCUGCUUCUCCCAGCACAACACGCACAGGCUGUGGCCGCUGAAAGAGGGAGCUCCGCUGUGUAAGAAAGAGCUCAGUUACAGAGUGGACAUCUUUGAAAAGAAAAUGGAUUCGCACAGGAAGAUGAAACUCCUUCUCAACGACACAGUGGAGCACAUCAAGUUUCAAGCUGGGCAGGCGGAGAAACACAUCAAGGCUGAGUUUGAGAGGCUCCAGGAAGCACUUCGCACGGAGGAAGCCCGGCGUCUUCAAGCCCUCGCUACUGAGGAGGAGCAGAAGAUUGCUUCCAUAAAGGAGCUGAUCGACAAGACAACAUAUGAAGUCGUCGCUCUGAAAAAGCUCAUCGAUACUUUGAAGACGGAAAUGGGCAAUGAGGAUCUUAAACUCCUGCAGAAUUUCAAGAUGUUGAAGAAAAAAGCCCAUUGGACUCAUGCAGACCCUUGCCUCCCUGAUGACUCUCUUUUGAACAUGGGCCAUCAUGUUGGGGAUUUGAGCUUCAAAAUCUGGAAGGUUAUGCAAACCCAUGUCAACCACUAUCCAGUGGUGCUGAACCCAAACACAGCUAAUCCAUGGCUGUCGGUGAGCGCUGACAUGACCAGUGUGAAGGAAAGCUCAGAGCGGCUGAUUGUCCCGGAAAACCCGGAGCGCUUCGACCCCUGUAUCUUUCUCCUGGGAGCUGAAGGUUACACCUCCGGGAAACACAGAUGGGAUGUUGUCGUCGGGGACAGCCCUAAAUGGAUUGUGGGAGUAUGCCAAGAGUCGGUGGUCCGCAAAAAGAAGUUCACGUUGUCUACGAGCCGCGGUGUGUGGUCUAUAAGCCUCAGCAAAGGGGUGUACAGUGCCCUCACACCCGAGCGUACAGAGCUUCAUCUGCAGCAGCGUCCAAAGAGGAUUCGCAUCAAGCUAAACAUAGAUAAGGGGGAUGUGUCAUUUUGGGAUGGGGAAACUCAACAGCAUCUCAUCAGUUUUACACACGAUUUUAAAGAGAAAAUGUUUCCUAUUUUUGGCCCAGGACUCCAUAGUGAACCUAUGACUCUAGUUCAAGGAAAAAUUGCUGUGCACACUUCAUAAUGGGCUAUGAUACGGCAGAGGGAUGAAGUGUUUCACUUUUACCGGUAGAACUGAAAAUAAGAUAUAGAAAAAAAAAACUUAUUAGAAAGUGUAAUGUGCACUAAUUUUUUAUUAAUAGAGAAAAAACUACAUAAUUUAAAAGCUUCUCAAGAAAAGACUGUGAUAACUAACAGAAGCUGAGAUGUGAGAAAUCAUAUGGGUUAGUAAGGGAGGAUUAAGCCCAUUUAUAGAAAAGAAAUGUGCGUUAGCUGAAGGAAGCAGUGUUAAAUCAUCUUUUGACACUUUACUCUAGAGAGCUUGAGCGAUUUAAAAAGUGAUGGUGGAAGCUGCUGAUCAAUACUGAUACCAGCUCUCAAUAUCAACAAAUAUUUGUGAAAUUAACUAUUUCAAUUUCUUGCUUCCAUAGCUACGCUUGUCUUUGAUUAUUAAGCACUGUGAGAUUAGGCACAUACUCGAGGGGACAUUAUAGUGGUAGUUUUUUAUCGAUGCAUACAUUUGAUUUUAAUUCUUGUCUUUAUGCUCUGGAAUAUGUGCUUUUAGUCAUCGCUCUCCUAACUUUAUAUGCUUUUGUUGAUUAGCAUAGAAUAUUGUGAUACUCUUUGGGCUUGUUGGUUUUUCGACAAUCAUAUUGAUUCGCUGUUUAUCACUCACCACAGCGUGGCCAGGGAGUAGUCACGUCCUGGACAGUACUAAAGGAUGAUAAACUACUUCAACUGCUCUGAAUCUGCAUGUGAAGAAAUCUGUCUCCAUAUUGACACUUCUUCAAUAAAAUAUGAUUAAAAUAAA